AUGUCCAAAAUUGCCGCCUACCUCCUCCUCACCAUCAUGAUCAUCUUCAGCCUCACCGGGAUCUCCGAGGCUGCUGCUCCGUGUGCUUCUAAACAUCUAUAUAUUGUGGCGUUGUCUGUCUGCGGGACUACGUGUAAAAAUCCUCAUGAGCUCCACAGACAUUGUCUCAAAAGAAGCACCUUCGAUUUCCAGGACAUUGAAACAAUUUGCUGCCCCUAA